UUCUUUUUCUCUAGUUUCUUUCUUUCAUCACUUUCUCUCCAUCAAAGCGCUAACGUGUCUUUCGUCUUUGGAGAGCAGCUCAAGCAAAUUCAGUUCAACUUGUUCUUCUCUAAUUGAUUGAUGCCCUAGAAAGUCACAUCAAUUUCUCUCCCUCCAACACCAACAAGAUCACACACAGAGAGAAUUCUGCAGCUACUGUGAAAGCUUAUUAUCGAUCUGAAGAAGGAGGAGAAGAAGAAGAAAGUGAUCUGUCUGAAUUUAUUUGAGAGAAAAGCAUUCGUUGAUGGACCCAAUUACAGCACAUCCUCAUUCUCUUCCUCCUCCAUUCCACACUAGGGAUCUUCAUCCACACCAUCAAUUUCACUCUCUCCAUCAAAACACAGAAGAUGAGCAAAGCGGAAGCAGCGGCGGCCUCAACCUCGCUCAGAAAAGGGAUCGAGAAGAAAACAGCAACAGCGAGGGGAAAGAGAUGGCGGCGGCGGCUGGCGCCGGCGAAGGUGAAAUCACCAGAAGACCUCGAGGAAGACCUGCCGGCUCCAAGAACAAACCCAAGCCGCCUAUUAUUAUCACGCGCGACAGCGCAAACGCGUUAAGAACCCACGUCAUGGAGGUGGCCGACGGCUGCGACAUCGUCGAGAGCGUCUCCAACUUCGCACGGCGGAGGCAGAGAGGGGUUUGCAUAAUGAGUGGGACUGGCACAGUAACGAACGUUACUCUGCGGCAGCCAGCUUCUCCCGGAGCCGUCGUCACUCUCCAUGGAAGGUUCGAGAUAUUGUCACUGGCCGGAUCAUUCUUACCCCCGCCGGCUCCUCCGGCCGCUUCAGGAUUAACCAUAUAUUUAGCAGGAGGACAAGGGCAAGUCGUCGGAGGAAGCGUGGUUGGGACACUAAUAGCUUCCGGUCCAGUGGUGAUCAUGGCGGCAUCGUUCAGUAACGCUGCGUAUGAAAGGCUUCCUUUGGAAGAAGAUGAUCCCUCCAUGCCGAUUCAAGGAGGCGGCGGCGGCGAAGGCGGAAUCGGGUCGCCAGGAGGUGGCGGUCAACAGCAAGCGGGACAGCUUUUAGGGGACGGAAACGCAACGGCUCCACUUUUCCAUGGUCUGCCUCCGAAUCUUCUGAAUUCUAUACAGAUGCCAUCAGAAGCGUUCUGGGCUACAGGUCGCCCUCCAUACUGAUGAAUGACGAUGAUGUUGAAGAUGAUGACACCAUUUCUCAAACUUGGUUUGGGACAUUAUCGAAACGUCCAAGGUACGAGACCAAGCCGAGAUAUAAUAUUGCUUGCUUUUGUUUAGCUUUUGUGUGCGAGUUUGAUGGCGAUGAUGAUGAUGAUUAGAUAGUAUGUUUAAUCAAUUCCUACCUCCAUCAAUAUUGAGACUGUAAAUUGUGAUUGUGAUAUGAUUAUGAUAUAUCCUUCUGGGUGAGUUUGAUUUCGUGAGAGUUGAGAAUAACAAGUACAUUUCGAUUUCCACAUGAAGAAGGUGGAAAUUGAAACUUAGCUUCUUGUUGUAGUAGUGGUAGUAUUAUUACUAGGAGUAGUUAUCGGAAACAGAAGAAGAACAAGGACGAAGAGAAUAAGGUUACUAUAAUUCUCGCCUAAGUAGUAGUGUUGUGCGUUGAUUUGUAAGACUUUCUCGAUCAGUUGUUGAUUAUUAAUUCAUUGAAUGCAACUUCUCUCUCUAUUGUU